CUAUUACUCUGCUAUUACUCUGCUAUUACUCUGCUGCAACGAUCAACGAGAAUUCAGAAUUGUUUAGUUAAAUAAAACUGACAACGCUGUUUCAUUUAGUAGAUAGUAGUUCGAUAUACUUGAAAACAGACAGUUAGGCUACUCUUGUUUCCUUCCGAUUUUCUAUCCUUUGUCUUUAAUCUACGAAAUAUAGACUGAAAAAGUGAAUAUUGUUUAGGUGGUAGCAAUGAGGAAUUUACGAGCCUCUGGUUUAAUAAUCUACAGAAUUGUUUCUUCAGAAAUAGAAUAUCUAUUAUUACAGACUGCGUACGGCCACCACCAUUGGACACCACCAAAAGGUCAUGUGGACCCUGGAGAGAGUGACAUGGAAACAGCCCUAAGAGAAACAGAAGAAGAAGCUGGCUUGAAAGGCAAUCAUCUACAGAUCAUGGAAGACUUCAAAAAAGAACUGCGCUAUGAAGUUAAUCAAAAGCCUAAAACUGUAAUAUACUGGCCUGCCAAGCUUGUGGACCCUAAUCUAGCAGUGAAACUUUCAGAAGAACAUAAAGAUUUCAAAUGGGUAAAAUUGGAAGAAGCUUGUCAGUUGGUUGAAUACGCAGACCUACAGUCUGUUCUUAGAGAUUGUGAAGCCUUUCUCAAGACAGAAAAUAUCUCGUCAGAAAAUUCCCGUCAACAUCAAUUCUAAUAUCGGACAGUUGUAUUUUCGUUUCUAAGUAUGUCGAAUUUCAGGAAGUAAUUUCAGGCUAUGUUCAGUUAUUUGUUCCAAGUCGUCUUGAUGCCUUUUACUACCUCAAAGCUUCGUUAAAAUAGAAGACAGCAAAUUUUCUUAUUCAAUCAGUUUUCGAUGUUCUUUGCUAUUAUGUUUUAGGAGAGGUAUGUUGUUACGAUCAGAUUACUACUGUUUGCCUCUUCGAUUUUGUAUUCUUUCAACAUAAAACUGUUUCAAUUUUAUGAUGAGCACAGAAAUGUUAACUUCAUUGAACAAACUCAUCCUCAGAGAAAAUACUAUGUUAACGUUAUUUCUUUUUAUUGUAUUGAGAGUGGGAUGCAUUUAACGGGUUUUCUGGGCUUUUAAGCCAUUCCCUAGAAAACAAAAUCAAUAUAUGUUAAAGAGAAUAAAGUGUUUAGCACCUAG